GCAACUUGUACGUAUAAUUAUUUGAUGAACGUUAUCAACAUUGGCAAUAGUAUUAUAGGAGUUAGCAUCUUAGCUAUGCCAUAUUGUUUUCGAAAGUGUGGAAUAAUGCUGAGCGUGGUCUUGAUUUACAUCAGUGGCAUUUUAACUCGAUUUGCGUGCUCUCUGCUUUUGAAAUCUGCGAUUAAGGCCCGCAGGAGGAACAUUGAGAGUCUUGCUUUUCACACGUUUGGUUCAAGUGGUAAAUUAGCUGUAGAAAUUUGUGUGAUUGGAUUCUUAAUUGGUGUUUGUAUUGCUUUCUUUGUUGUGAUUGGAGAUCUUGGUCCACCUCUUGCUGCUGAAUUUUUGAAUGUCGAAAAUUCGACUAACUUACGCACAAAUAUGUUGAUGCUGAUUGGUUUAUGUGUGGCAUUGCCGCUUGGAAUGCUGAGAAAAAUUGACAGUUUGACUAGUUUGAGUGCACUUUCUAUUGCUUUUUAUGCAUGCUUGAUUACAAAGAUAUUUGAUGAAGCUCUUCCAAAUCUUGCCAAAAAUGAAUGGUGGUAUGAAGUCAAUUGGUGGCAAACUGAUGGCAUUCUACCUUGUCUUCCUAUUUUUUCAAUGGCUUUGUCUUGUCAAACACAACUUUUUGAAUUCUUUGAUACUCUUAAUGAUCCCUCUUUGAAAAGAAUGCAGUCUGUAGUUGCUGGAGCUGUAACCUUAUGCUCUUUGGUUUAUAUACUGGUUGGAACCUUAGGCUACAUAGCUUUUCAUAAUGAACCCAUAACCGGUAACGCCUUGAUCCUUUUGACACCUUCAAUGGUGACGGAAGUCAUAAAAUUGGGUUUUAUUCUUACCGUGGCCGUCAGUUUCCCUCUUUGCCUGUUUCCCUGCCGAUCCAGUUUGCAUUCUCUUCUCUUCAAGCAGGGGUUUGGUCAUCAUGAAAUUACUGUGAAUAUUAUUCCAGAUCACCGCUUUCGAAUCUUGACUGUCAGCUUGGUGAUCAUCACGAUUGGAGUGGCAAUCAUGUUGCCCAACAUUGAAUUUGUGCUUGGGAUCAUUGGUUCAACUAUUGGAACCCUAAUCUGCUUGAUCUUUCCUGCAGCAAUGUUCAUCCAUGACACAAGCAAGAACACUGCUGAAAAGAGGCUGUCUCAGCUCCUGAUGAGCAUUGGCACAUUCAUUCUGAUUGCUUGCACUUAUUCUACUCUGAAUGAACCCAGCUCUCCUCCUGAACCUGUUACACAUAUGCCACCAUUCCUUAAAGUCACUCCUGAAGUUUUUGUUCUGAAAACUUCUGCUUUACCAGAGAUCAAGCCAUCAGAAGUCAUCAUUUCAAAGACUGGGUUGGAUUCUCUUAACAAAGAGAAGAAAGAUCAACUCAAAUCUGGAAUCCCCAAUGAUCAAAAACGCCAAGAACCUCCAAUACCUCAAGAACCUGAAAUCAAGCCUGAAAGUGUGCAAAACGGGGAUCUAGAUCCACAAGCCCUUCAAAAAGAAGACAAAGAGAUUCAGAAGGAUAUGGAUGGUAUCUCUGCAAAUACAGCCACGAAAUCCAAUAAGGAGCUUGAUAAGCAAGAACAGAUUCUUCAGAAGCUUGAGGAGCAGCAAGAAGAACAGAAACUAAUAUUGAAGCAGCAAAAAGAUGUUUUAGAGGAGCUGAAAAGACAUAAGGAAAGCCACGAGGAAGAAUUGAGGAAAAUUGAAGCUGUUGCAGAGAGGAACGCAAUUCCUAUUGUUGAAACUGAAAAUUUACCACGAAAAACUCAAACAAAAGAUAAAAUUUUGCAAGAGCCAGAUACAGUUCAAAAGGAAAAUAUUGUUCCAGUGCAAAUAUCUAGUCAUCAGAAGCAACAUACAAAGCAUUUAAUUAACAAUAAAACUACGGCGGAGUUCCAUGCUGAAGUCGAUGAGCAAAAAGUGAAUACAAACUAUGUUAAUAAGAAAAUUGAAGCAAAUAAUGAGGAAGGUAAACUACCUAAAGAUGAUGUUGUAUUAAAAGAGCAUAGGGUUAAUAAAACUGAAACUGGAAAAACUCGAGACAUUCUGGUAAACACGAGUGUAGACUUGAAAGAAGAUGUAAAAGACAACCAUAAACUUUCUAUUGCAAAGAAAGUAGAAAAGCACAAGUCUGAAAAAGUUAUAGCUGAUAAUUUUGUAAAUCAAGAUGCACAUUUAAAGCAAAGGGAGACUUUAGGAGAGAAAGCUGAGAUUAAAGAAACUGUGGUAUUACCAAAAACAGAUAUAAAAGUUCAAGAAGUAUUAAUCAGUGAUGGAAAUGCAAUAUCUUAGCACAUUCCAAAUGUAGACACAGUGGAACCUCGUUAGAAAGUUGUUUUCAGUGAGAUCAAGAGCAUGGUCAAAAAAAUGCAUAAAAGGUUACAUUAUCAAAACAACAGGGCAUUUCCAUUUUAAUAGAUUUAUCAUUUGUUGCUUAAAACAGUUGAAAAGUGUUCUUUUAUUCCAUGAACUUUGUGAGGAACCGACUUCACUUCUAUAAGAUGCAAUGAAGUUUUAAAGGCUUUCAGAAAUAUUUUUUAAACAAUAUUUUUGGUUUGGUAAUGGACAUAUCCUCUGACAAAUAGUCUGACCACCAGUGAUAUGGAAACACAAGCAUCCGGUUUAAAUGCAAAAAGUAAUGCAUCUAUUAGUUUUGGGGGCUGGUACUUUGUUAGUUACGGAUGUGUGCUUUUGUCUCUUAUUUAUUUGGACGCAAUUUUGUAAAAAUGACAACUAUUUCACAGCAAUAAUUUUUUUAAUCUGAAAUAUAUUCCAUAUGUAUUCUCACUACAAAAA